AUCUGUUAUUGGUAUUUUUAGUAACGUAGGUCAUUUCUAUCGGAUAUAUUUUGAAAUAUCGGUUAAAUACCCGGUUUAAUCCGCUUUUAACCUGCCUUAUCAGGAUAAACUCAUUAAUACGGUGGAGGAAGUGUUUGUUCUUAUGAUAACUUGUUUGGAGUUCUUAUGAUAACUGUCACGGGGUUCCUGGAAAACGUUACGGAUUUCUGUGGAAAACUUUUCUAUAUACUUGGAAAACUCGCGUAAAAAAUUGUUAUUUUUAUCUUUAAAUGGGGAGUUUGAGGUGCUCAGUCAUAUUCGAUCUUGACUGUCACAAUAGUUUUUUACUUAAAUUUAAAUCUCGGAUUAUUUAUCAGAAUAAUGGCGCUCGACGUAGAUUUGGUUGCAUUAGCAGUACUUGCCAUCAUUAACACAGGCUCAGGUGUUAGUAUACAAACAACAAGCAGUCUGGAUGGUGAAGAAUCAUAUGAAUGUGGCAGGAAUAUAACAUUAUCCUGUAUGUUUAAGAAGAACACAUCUGUCAUUGUUUGGGGAAAGGAAAACACUAUUUUACGAAUUGCUCGAUGUGAUAAAACUACUUGUACUUUAAAUCCUGCUUACAUUGGCCUGUACAGUAUUUCAUUCGACAUGACGCAGGGCAUUUUCAACUUGACAAUUAUUAAGGUCACCGCGGAAGAAAACGGAACAAAGCUAAUUUGUUCAGAUGGAUCCCAUAGUGAUUCUUACAUUAUAAGAGUCUAUGACCCAGCUGUUAUUAUAUCUAAAACAGACAGUCUUGGUGACACAAUUCAAGCUGAAUGUGGUAGAAGUCUCUCGUUAUCGUGCAAGUUUAGGAAGAACACAUUGGCAAUUGUAUGGAAGUUCUCGGACGAUAUUUUACCAAUAGCAAAAUACGAACAAAACAGUUGCAGUUUAAAUCCUAAUUUUGUUGGACAGUUCAAUUAUUCUCUCGAUCAGACACGAUGCAUGUUUACGCUGACAAUAAUAAAGGUGACUCAGAAAUACAACGACAGAAAACUAGUGUGUUCAGAUGGUACUCAUAGCGACUUUCUAAUUAUUAAAGUAGGGGGCUAUGUGCCACGACUUAUAGAGGAUCAAAACCUUGGUGCUAUACAUGCGACAUCCGGUUGUGUUUCUCGAGGCAUGAAUGUUUCGUUUAAAUGGGUGAAGAUAAAUGUUGUAAGUAAAGAAGAAAAAGAAAUACAACAGAUGUUAAAUUACUCAAUUACCAGUUGCUUCAAUGACUCUGACUGCGGAAAUGACCAGGAAUUACAAUAUACACAGACAAUGUUUGCUAAACCUAGUGAUAAAGGGAAAUAUUAUAUAAAAGUUGUAGCUGCAUACGGGACUGAACAGAAAGAGACAUUCAAAACAGAUGCUAAAUACAGGAUUGAUGAACAAGAUAACAAAAACAAUGGAACGGAAUCCACCAGUGUUUCUAUUGUUAUUAUACUUUUGCCUGUUGGUGUUCUCCUUACGUCUAUAAUGUUAUUAUGUAGUCUAAUGUUGUUUAUACGUCGUCAAUGGUCGCUUGAACGUCAUCGAAGGUUGCUUGAACGUCGUCGAAGGUUGCUUGAACGUCGUCGAAGAAAUACUAGUACAAACGGCAACACAGGCACCAAUGAAUCCAACACACCUGAAAUGGAAAGUUUACAAGACGCUGGAUACGUAUCGGGACACAACUCAGAAGCUAGCUCAUUUAUGAGUAUGUUCAAAAGGUUACGUGGAGUUCCACAUGAGAGCGCAGAUAAGGGCGUCUGCUGGGUUUUAAAUCAUACAUCAGAGGAUAUCGCUGCAAGUGAAACAGAAUUAUGAAAAAGAUUCGUGGUUUUAAUUAGCAAAACAGGAUCCCGUGUUAAGGCAAAAAGUACUGAAAAUAUUUUUAUGAAACUUGAUAUAUGGAUAGACUGCAUUUUGCACGCCUUUUUCGUUUCUUCAUAUGUUGAAAAUUCUGGUUGCUAUGGCAACAAGUAGACUGAAUAUAUGAGAAAUUUAACGCAAAAACUAGAUCCAGUGAUAACGCAAAAGUAAAUGUUGGGGAUCACAAUAGUAAGCCACAUUAAAUUCACCAGAGCACAAUUCAACCGCCGCAUCGUUUUAGGACAGGCUGGCACACAGUUUACCAGUACUAGUUGCAGGAAUUGAAACUUCUGUACAUGCCAGAGCAGAAGUACAGCGGAAAAACAAUGGACGAAACUGAAUAAAAUGGAAUUUUGAAAGGGGAUCAGAGGUCAUGAAGCCUGCAUAUCACAGAUAAUACGUCAAGGGACAAAGUUAAAAAGCAGGCAACAUAUCCUAAGGGUGAUUCAACAUUAUUCAAGUAGAAAUAUAUUGGAACCAGCCAACUAGAAAAUGCCAAAUAUUUAAAAUUAAAAAUACCAUAAACAUUACAAUAAUGAACCAUAAGACCAGCAAAUUAGUGUGUGAUUAUAAAUAAAUAUAUGGAUAUAAAUGUUCUCAUACAAUUAUUAUUAUUUUUAAUAUUGUAUUAAAUUUAGAAACGGACAUUUCGAACAUAUUGUUUUAAGAUCGAAUGCAAAGCUUUUUGUGAUAGCUUUUCAUUUAUAUCAUUAUUGAAGUGAGUGAUUCAGCAAAAGCACGGAUAUUGUUUAAAAUUUGAUUGGUAGAAACAUACAUUAAACAACAACACCAACAAAAACUAACAAAGAAAACAAUAGCAUGGUGAUAAAAACAUGCAAUCUUGAGUAACUGUAAUAAAUAUGUUCUGCAAGUUAGGUAAUUAGACCUGCAUGGUAGGUAAUUAGACCUGCAUGGUAGGUAAUUAGACCUGUAUGGUAGGUAAUAAGACCUCUAUGGUAGGUAAUUAGACCUGCAUGGUAGGUAAUAAGACCUGUAUGGUAGGUAAUUAGACCUGCAUGGUAGGUAAUUAGACCUGCAAUGGUAGGUAAUAAGACCUGUAUGGUAGGUAAUAAGACCUGUAUGGUAGGUAAUAAGACCUCUAUGGUAGGUAAUUAGACCUGCAUGGUAGGUAAUAAGACCUGUAUGGUAGGUAAUUAGACCUGCAUGGUAGGUAAUUAGACCUGCAUGGUAGGUAAUUAGACCUGUAUGGUAGGUAAUCAUCCUGCAUGGUAGGUAAUUAGACUGACAUUACUUAUAUAAAUAAUACAUGUAGUACAUGUAUGUUUUAUAUUAUACAUCAACAUGUUACAUGUACAAUAGAUGAUGUAAAGUUUAUAAAUUGUAUUAACAUUAUUAAGUAACAUAUAUAUGCAUAAUAUUUGGAUUGAAAACUCAAUUUAUAGACCUAUGUAUCCAUAAAGCUGAUUCAGAUGUACAUUUAUUUUGUUGUCUUUUUUAUUUAUUUUUUGCACAUUCCUUGUCUGUUUUUGUAUUUUUAUAUAUAAUAUAUAUAUAUAUUUUACUCUUGAUUGUUUACCAUCCUUCACUUGUACCUUAUAUUGUUAUCUCAUACUGAGACCUUUUGUG